GUGAUCGAUUACUCGGGAAGCAUGUCAAAAAAACACAUGAAAUAAUAGCCACACCUCAAUGGAAGGCCCCUGAUGUGAACUAUGCUAAACUGAAUGUUGACGGUGCUUUUCUGAAGGAGGAUGGUGCAGCCGCGGCUGGGAUGAUUUUGCGUGAUCAUGAAGGCGCAGUCAUCUUCGCCGCGACGCGGGUGCUCUUUAGUUGUGGGAGCCCUCUAGAAGCGGAGAUGGCAGCUAUGGACGAGGGGCUUCGGCUUGCUCUCCAUUGGUCCAGCUUGCCGUUGGUUGUUGAAACGGAUUGCGCCGAAUUGUUGAAGCUGGUGCAAUCUAAUGAUAUGGAGCGAUCGAGGUAUGCGAACCAGAUUAAUGAGAUCAGAAGGAUUCUUACUCAUGAAAGAAACAUUAGUCUAGCUAAAAUUAGUAGGUAUGCAAAUGUAGCGAGUCACACCCUUUCUUGUAUGGGGCGCUCGCAACAGCGCACUGCCUGUUGGCUUCGAAACUCCCCAGUCGAAAUAGCUAGCAUCGUCAUCUCUGAAUGUAAUCACUAUGGUUGAUGAAUGAAAAGUUCCUUUCCCGCAAAAAAAAAAGAAGGAAGAAAAAAAAACGUUCCGAUCGAAGAAACGCGCACGCGCAUGCCUACGAAUCGAAAUCAUUCUCCCGGCCGGUUCCCCAAAGUUUGAAUUUCGUCUCCCUCAGCCAAAAACGAUCGAGGAAAAGAAGAAGAGAAAAGAGAGGAGGAAGUUAGCGCAUCCACGUAACGGAGAUCUAGAUCGUGCAUGCAUGGUAACUGGACACGCGCACGCACGCACGAGCGUUGUGAUUGGAGGAUUUGACCCUCCCACGGAUCGCGCCCCACAUAUAAAAGGAAGGAAACCCAUCCAAAUCCAAUCCACCAACCGAAGCAGUUCCUUCCGAUCCAGCGCCAAAAAUAACACGACGAUGUCUGCAGUCAGUUCCCCGUCGCCGGCCGACCUGAGAAAACAAGAAGAAGAAGAAGAAGAAGUAAAGAAGAGGAUACGACGCGCGCUGUGGAACAUAGGCACGUCGUGGCCCCUCAAGGCCGGGAUCAAGUUCCCGAUCAGCCGCGUCGGGCGGUACCUCAGGCAGGGCCGCUAUGCGCCUCGCGUCGCGGCGCUGGCCCCCGUCUUCCUCGCCGCCGUCCUCGAGUACCUCGUUGCCGAGAUCCUGGAGAUGGCCGGCAACGCGGCCAAAGCCAACAAGAAGAAGCUCAUCACCCCUCGCCACCUGCUUCUCGCCAUCCGCAACGACAACGAGUUCAGCAGGCUGCUCGCCGGCGUCACCAUCGCCCAGGCCGGCGUCGUAUCCUACAUCAACCCCGUGCUGCUCCCCAAGAACAACAAGACCGCGCACAAGGCCGGCAAGUUCAAGUCCUCCACAAGUUAAACAAGGCCGCCGCCGAGGAGUAGUACGUAUGCUGCAUGCAUGCAUGUAGUACGUGUUGCCGAGUUGCGUCCUGUAUCUAUAUGUAUGUAAUGGUUCAUGCAUGCUUUCUCUUGUUCUGUCGGUAGUGUCCUUCUGAUUCUCGGUACUAUGUAAUGGUUCGUGGUAUCUGUUCAUCCUGUACUCCUGUAUCUGUAUGUAAUUAAUGGUUCAUA